AUGUCUCAAGCUAUCAAACUCUACACGGCUGCCACUCCAAACGGCUUCAAAGUGAGCAACUUGUUGGAAGAAUUGAAAGCAAUUUACAAAGGAUUGGAUUAUGAAACACACAAGAUCGAAUUUUCCAAAAAUGAACAAAAAUCCGAUUGGUUCUUAAAGAUUUGUCCAAACGGUCGUAUUCCCGCAAUCGUUGAUCCAAACAGAGGAAGUGGUGAUGGUUUCAAUGUCUUUGAAACUGCCGCAAUCACAAUCUACUUGCAAGAAAAUUAUGACCCGGAAAAUCACUUCAACUUUUCCAAAAAUGAAAAAGACGGUGACCUUUACCGUUCAGAAGUCUUGCAAUGGAUCUUUUUCAUUCAUGGCGGUAUCGGUCCAAUGAUGGGACAAGCAAACCAUUUCAAUCAUUAUGCCCCAGAAAAGAUUCCUUACGGUCAAGAACGUUAUACAAACGAAAGCGCUCGUUUGUUCGCCGUUUUGGAAGAACGUCUCAAAGAUCGUGAUUGGCUCGUAGGCCCCGGUCGCGGAAAGUAUACAAUCGCUGAUAUGAACGGAUUCCCUUGGGUCAUGAUGGGCAGACACAGUGGUGUGCCAGACGCAAAGAUCGGUCCAAACGUUCAAGCUUGGAUUGAACGUCAAUGGAAUCGUGAUGCAAUUCAAAAGGAAAUGCUCAAGCCUGGUUACGCAGAAAAGCAUGGCAAGACUAUCGCUGAAAAGUCUCAACAAAAUGCCAAAUGGAUCCGAGAAGGCAAUGCGCAAAACAAGAUCUAA